AUGGCUGAGACCCCAUCGCCGCCCAGCGCCGGCGCGGAAAGUUACAGCGAGGAGCCGGCGAGGGGCGGGGAGCGGCAGCCGGAGGAGCCGCGAAGCGCUUCUGCCAGGGACGCGGACCCAGAGGGCGAGACAGGACUGCAGCUGGCCUCCCCGGCCGUUCAGUCGGAACCCGACUCGCCGGUAGCCGCCCCCUUUUUUCUUCUCUACCCGGGCGAUGGAGGCGCCGGCUUCGCAGCUCGCCCGCCGCCGCAACGCGCCUGGAGGACCCCGCCGUCACCGGGUUCCCCGCUGCCCUUCUUAUUGCUGAGCUACCCGAGCGGCGGCGGUGGCGGCGGAGGCAAGCACCAUCCUAAUUAUCUCAUGGCUAACGAACGCAUGAACCUGAUGAACAUGGCCAAGCUGAGUAUCAAGGGCUUGAUUGAAUCAGCUCUCAACUUGGGGAGGACUCUGGACUCUGAUUAUGCACCUCUCCAACAGUUCUUUGUGGUGAUGGAGCAUUGCUUGAAACAUGGCUUAAAAGCCAAGAAAACUUUUCUUGGACAAAAUAAAUCCUUCUGGGGGCCUCUAGAACUGGUAGAAAAACUUGUUCCGGAAGCUGCAGAGAUAACAGCAAGUGUUAAAGAUCUUCCAGGACUGAAGACCCCAGUAGGCAGAGGAAGAGCCUGGCUUCGUUUGGCAUUAAUGCAAAAGAAACUCUCAGAGUAUAUGAAAGCUUUGAUCAAUAAAAAAGAACUUCUCAGAGAUGGUCAAAUUACUGCAAUUCUAGACCAGAAGAAUUAUGUAGAAGAACUCAAUAGACAUCUGAAUGCUACUGUAAACAACCUGCAGGCAAAAGUGGAUGCAUUAGAAAAAUCCAACACAAAACUGACAGAGGAGCUUGCAGUUGCAAACAAUAGGAUUAUUACCUUGCAAGAAGAAAUGGAACGAGUUAAAGAGGAAAGCUCAUACAUACUGGAAUCCAAUCGGAAGGGUCCUACUAAGCAAGAUAAAACUUCAGAAGGACAAGCACUGAGUGAAGCAAGAAAGUAUUUAAAGGAGGAGACACAAUUACGACUGGAUGUUGAAAAAGAACUGGAGAUACAGAUUGGCAUGAGACAGGAGAUGGAACUGGCCAUGAAGAUGCUGGAGAAGGAUGUCUGUGAGAAGCAAGACGCCCUGGUGUCUCUCCGGCAGCAGCUGGAUGAUCUCAGGGCUCUCAAGCACGAACUUGCCUUUAAACUGCAGAGUUCAGACUUAGGAGUAAAGCAGAAAAGUGAACUGAACAGUCGCUUGGAAGAGAAGACCAAUCAGAUGGCUGCUACCAUCAAACAACUGGAACAAAGAUUGCGCCAAGCUGAGCGAGGCCGCCAAUCGGCCGAAUUGGAUAACCGGCUCUUCAAGCAGGAUUUUGGAGACAAGAUCAACAGUCUGCAGCUGGAAGUGGAGGAGCUCACCAGGCAGCGAACUCAGCUUGAGUUAGAACUAAAACAGGAACGAGAAAGAAGAUUAUGUAACAACAGGAGCAUCCCAGGAAAGGGUUCACAGAAGACAGAGCCUAAAACGGAUGGGAAGCACAGAAUUCAAGAUGAAAAUGUUGACCUAAAAAAAGCCUCAGAAGAAUGCCACAGGCUGCAGUCUCACUCCCUGGAUCAACAGGAUCAGCAUCUGCUCUCUGAAAAGCCACAGGUGUGUGAGCUAUGCCAGGAAGAUGGUGGCAGCACAAAAAAGAAUGUAUGCAAGAACUGCAAAAGAAUCUUCUGCAAUGCCUGUUCAACAAAUGAACUGCCUCUUCCUUCAAGUAUCAAGCCUGAGCGAAUUUGCAAUCCCUGCCAUAAGCAUCUGAUGAGGCAGUAUUCCACCAGCCCAUCGUAA